UUUUCUCCGCCAGGGCAAAAGCUCGUCGGGCAGCACACCAACUGGCACCGGCAAGAAGGUGAAGAGGACCCUCCCCAACCCGCCCUCGGAGGAGGAGGCAACAGCCGCCGGCCAGACAGCCAACAGCACAGGCUCGGCCCGCCGUCGCAUGUGCCGCAACACCAACAUGGCGAGGGCCAAGAUCCUGCAGGAUAUUGACCGUGAGCUGGACAUGGUGGAGCGUGAGUCGUCCAAGCUCCGCCACAAGCAGGCGGAGCUGGACGAAGAAGAGAAGGAGAUCGACGCCAAGCUACGCUACCUGGAGAUGGGCAUCAACCGCAGGAAAGACGCCCUCCUCAAGGAGAGGGAGAAGAGGGAGCGGGCCUACCUGCAGAGCGUGGCAGAGGAUCGUGACUACAUGUCAGACAGUGAGGUCAGCAAUAUCCGGGAGACACGGAGCGGCCGUGGCAGUGGAGAAGAUGAAGAGAUGGGAAGUCACGGGCUGGAGCGCCCCAGGACGGCACCCCAGUCAGAGCUGGAUGAUUUUGUGCCACCACAGACCACACACGAGGCCCAGUACGGCACGUACUCCCAGUACCAGUACCCACUGAGCCAGACGCUGUACCAGCAGCAGUCACUCUACCAGUCCCCCCAGCCCUACCAGUCUCAGUCCAUCUACUCCUCAGUCCCCUCCCUGGCUAGCUCCCAGCAGCAGAGCUACCACCAGAUGCUCCUUCUCCAGCAGAAGGCAGCCAGGCAGGCGGCCCUGAUCCAAGAGUUGGACGCGUCGUCAAAGUACGAAGUCAUCAGCCGACAGCCCGACCCCGUGUCCUCUGCCUACAUGGGAGGGGUCAGGUACGACAAGUACGGUAACCACUUGGACCUCCGGGCCCUGGAGGUGGGGGGCAGUAUGGCUGGCAGCCCCAUGUCCAACGUGUCGGCCGACUCCUUCUAUGGAGACGUGGAGCACCACCACCACAGUCCACGAAGCUACAUCCUCCUAGAAGAUGCGGCAGAGCUGGCCAAGAGCUCCACGUGUCUGGCUUCAUCCAGCUACGCCCAGGCCGAGAAGGAGCUGGCUAAGGCAGAAAGGCUGUUGCGAAGAAGUGCAGCCGACUUGACCUCCACCGACUACCUGGGCUCCAGCUCCAGGCUCCACUCCGGGUAUGGAAAGACCCCAGACGAUGAGGACUCCAUGGACGACCCCUACGAGCUGAAGCUCCUCAAGCAGCAGCUGAAGCAGGAGUUCCGGAGGAGCACAGGGGGAACAGAGAGCCUGGACCCGCUGACGGGUCUCUCCCACAACUACUACGGCACCCCCAGCUCGGGUGUCUCCUCCUCCCAGAGUUACUCCCAAAGACACUACCCCAAGACGGAGAAAUACAGCAUCAGCCGGCUGACCCUAGAGAAGCAGGCAGCCAAGCAGCUCCCAGCGUCCAUGCUGUACCAGAAGAACAAAGCCCCGCUGACCGACCCCAAAGUCUCCAAGUACUCCUCGAUGCAAGACAGCAGGAGUCUGGAGACAGACUAUACCAGCUAUUUAGGGUCCAGUAACGUUAGCGCCUCUCCCAGAUCCAGCCGGCUCCUUCAGGACGAGAUCACCUUUGGACUACGCAAGAACAUUGCAGAGCAGCAGAAGUACCUGGGCUCCACUUUGGGUGCCAACCUGGCUGGCUCGCUCAACUUCGGCCAGAGCCUGGCUUUGGACUCGACUUCCUACCCCAGUGGCAGCCGGUCACGGCCCUCUUCUAGGCCCAACUCCGUCUAUGGCCUGGAUCUCUCACUCAAACGGGACCCAUCCAGUUCCUCUUUGAGGCUCAAGGGGGACGGCGAGGCGGCCUCAGACAGCUACCAGAUGCCAUCAGGGCGUGCCAAGCCCACCAGCCUGCCCAUCGUGCAGGGCGGCCGGGGACGCAUCCCUAUCGUGGCACAGAACUCUGAGGAGGAGAGCCCGUUGAGUCCUGUGGGCCAACCUAUGGGCAUGGCGCGGGCUUCGGCGGGGCCCCUGCCACCCAUCUCGGCCGACUCACGGGACCAGUUUGGUUCGUGCCUCUCCCUGCAGGACUCCCAGCAGCAGCAGCACCUGAGGGACGAGCCAACGAGGGGACGGGGCUACGUCUUGAUGGACGACCUCCAGUGCACUAUGUCGGACGGUGAAGCCCUAAGUGACUCCAUGCUGGCACUGAACAGAGAUGAUCCCCGACAAUCACAUGAGAAUAUCCCAAACGCCUACCACCUACGGCGAGAGGAAACGGACUGGUUUGACAAACCACACGAGGGACGACCAGAGAACGGACAAGGGCCGGACAGGAGACAGGGGAAGGGUGUUUACUACCCCUUUCCUCACACCAGAGUCAAACUGCAGAGGGAUCCCAAGGACCGCAGCGUGUCAGGGAAUGGAUUGGGUAUCAGAGUGGUGGGAGGUAAAGAGGUUCCAGGGACCAACGGAGACAUCGGAGCCUACGUAGCUAAAGUCUUACCUGGAGGAGUUGCCCAACAGACUGGGAAGAUACUAGAGGGAAUGCAGGUGCUGGAGUGGAACGGGCUUCCUCUGACGGGGAAGACCUACGAGGAAGUGCAGGGGCUUGUGGUACAGCAGUGUGGCGAGGCAGAACUCUGCGUGAGACUAGAUCUGAACAUGCUGGCUGACUCUGAGGGCUCUCAGCACCUUGAUCUCCCUGACCAGAGCAAACCAGGUGACAGACCCCCCAGGUCUCCGGGGGUGGAUCCGAAGCAGCUGGCUGCAGAGCUACAGAAGGUGUCCCAGCAACAGGCUCCUCCACCUACCACCGCCACAUCCUCCUCCUCCAUGACGGGGGGAGAGAAAGGACCCCACUCUGCCAUCUCAGGCGCCGCCUCGGCCGCCUCUAGCGCCAUCCAGAGUCCGGGCCAGCCGGGGUCGCCCUCCGUCAGCAAGAAACGCCACAGCAGCAAGUCUGCGGACGCAGUGAAGACACAAUCCCACCCUGUUACUGGAGAGAUACAGCUUCAAAUCAACUAUGACAAGCAGCUGGGGAACCUGAUUGUUCACGUGCUCCAAGCCAGGAACCUGGCCCCCCGAGACAACAACGGCUACUCCGACCCCUUCGUCAAAGUCUACCUCCUACCUGGGAGGGGGUGAGUCUAUUGGAUACGCUAUGAGUAGGGUUUACAAAAUUCCCAGGUUUUCCAUAAAAUCCUGGCUGGAAGAUUCUUGGAGUCAGGAGAGAAUAAGCGUCUUAUACGGAGUCCUCCAAACCGGACUUCUGGAAAACUUGGGAAUUUUGGGAAACUUAACAGAAUUCUACUACCCUACCAAAGAGAGAAAGCUAGUCUCGAAUCGAAACUGAAUAUCACUCUUUUUUUUUACAUUGAAAUGAAAGUAUAUUCAGUUUAGUUUGCAGGCAGGCAGUGAGGAGUGGUAUUCCAUUUGGAUUCUAGACUAAAGCAGUGAGGAGUGGUAUUCCGUUUGGAUUCUAGACUAAAGCAGUGAGGAGUGGUAUUCCAUUUGGAUUCUAGACUAAAGCAGUGAGGAGUGGUAUUCCGUUUGGAUUCUAGACUAAAGCAGUGAGGAGUGGUAUUCCGUUUGGAUUCUAGACUAAAGCAGUGAGGAGUGGUAUUCCAUUUGGAUUCUAGACUAAAGCAGUGAGGAGUGGUAUUCCAUUUGGAUUCUAGACUAAAGCAGUGAGGAGUGGUAUUCCAUUUGGAUUCUAGACUAAAGCAGAGAGGAGUGGUAUUCCAUUUGGAUUCUAGACUAAAGCAGUGAGGAGUGGUAUUCCAUUUGGAUUCUAGACUAAAGCAGAGAGGAGUGGUAUUCCGUUUGGAUUCUAGACUAAAGCAGAGAGGAGUGGUAUUCCAUUUGGAUUCUAGACUAAAGCA